CCCGGCUGGGCAUUCCACUGAAGAACUGGUUUCCCUUUCCUUCGGCACGAAAGUCCGUUCCACUAGAAACACGAUGCUCCAAUAAGUGAACUUUUUUUUUUUUUUUGAGCCUCCACGGGUUCUCAGACGUCAUUUAUUUUAUUAUCGGUAAUUUCACCGUCGCAAGUACAUACACACUCAAUUAGCGCGCCGAAGUCUCGACUUCGCCGUCAAAAAAUGGCCUCCCCAGAAGACCUGGCCGCGCUUCCCGCCGAGGUUCGCAUAGCCAUCAAGGCCUCCUCGGACGACGUUCCCUUCCGGGCCCGCACCGCGUACACGCACCGGACCUGGGCGCGCACUUUCACCUCCCUCCCGGAGCUCUUCAUCCAGCCCGAGUCACUGGCCGAGAUCGAAAAGGCGGUCACGCUCGCCCGCCAAUGCCGCCGCCGCCUGGUCACCGUCGGCUCGGGCCACUCGCCCUCGGACCUGACGUGCACCUCCUCCUGGAUGCUCAACCUGGACCGCUUCGCCCGCGUGCUGCGCAUCGACCGCGAGUCCGGGCUGUGCACCGUCGAGGCGGGCAUCCGCCUGCACCGGCUCAGCGCCGAGCUGGACGCCGCGGGGCUGGCGCUGCCGAGCCUGGGGAGCAUCGACGAGCAGAGCAUCGCGGGCGCCAUCUCCACGGGCACCCACGGGAGCAGCCUGUCGCACGGGCUGGUCAGCGAGUCCGUCGUCGCGCUCAAGCUGACCAUGGCCGACGGCAAGACGCGCUCCUGCUCGGCCCGGGAGAGGCCCGAGCUCUUCCGGGCCGCGCUGCUCUCGGUCGGCGCGCUGGGCGUCAUCGUCGAGGUGACCCUGAGGGCCGUCCCGGCCUUCUCGCUGGCCUGGAGCCAGGCGAUCGACGCCGACGCGCGCCUGUUUGAGCAGUGGGACGACGUGCUGUGGAAGCAGGCCGAGUUCGUCCGGGUCUGGUGGUUCCCGUACACGCGCCGGGCGGUGGUCUGGAAGGCGGACCGGGUGCCGAAGGAGGACAUCGAGGCCGGGCGGGCGAGGCACGUCCGGCCGCGCACCAGCUUCCAGGACAGCAGGCUGGGCUACUUCAUCUACCAGAACCUGCUGGCCCUGGCCCGCUGGUUCCCGCGGCUGACGCCCUGGAUCGAGUGGUUCGUGUUCGGCAUCAACUACGGCUUCCGGAACGGCGAGAGCACGCGCGUCAGCGGGUGCCAGGAGAGCUACAGGGCCUUCCUGCUCAACUGUCUCUACAGCCAGUUCGUCAACGAGUGGGCCAUCCCGCUCCACAAGGGCCCGGAAGCGCUGCAGCGGCUCGGCGCGUGGCUGAACCGCCUCCGGCCGGGCGACCCGGGAUACGUCGACCACCGGAUCCCCUUCAGCGCCGAGGGCUUGUGGGUGCACAGCCCGCUCGAGGUGCGCGUGGCCGACACGACCGUCAAGACGAGCGCGGAGAAGGGCAACCGCCCCUACCUGGACAUCACCCCGGACGACGGCCCCGCGCUGUACCUGAACGCCACCAUGUACCGGCCCUACUACCGCGACCCCACCUACGAGGCCACGGAGCGGUACUACCGGGCCUUCGAGUGGCUGAUGCGCGACCUGGGCGGGAAGCCGCACUGGGCCAAGACCUUCUCCGUCACCCCGGGCGAGUUCGCGACCUGGUAUGGCGACGACUGGCGGCAGUUCUGCAAGGUGCGGGACGAGGCCGACCCGGAGGGCAUGUUUGUCGGGCCGUGGCACCGCAGGUACCUCCUCGGGGAACCCCCGGCGAGCGCGGACGGCGGCGAGUUGCAGAGGCUCGCGCUGGAGGAGGUCGGGUUCGCGCACGAGAAGGCAGAGGGCGGCGGCUUUGUCGUGUUUGGAAAGCAGAACACCGUCGUGCCGGCCUAGGAGAUUGGUGGGAUCUUGGGUUGCGCGAGAAACCUUCGUGGGCGAGGAGGGGUUGCUGUGGGAGUUUGGACAUGAUCAAGGGCGGCCGCUGUCUCGGUUUUGAUAGACCUCGCAAGACGAACAUACGCAGCAUGUACAUACGGAGUACUGCUCCAUAUCUGGGAGGCUCGAUUUGUCGGGCGUUGGAUUUUCAUGUUCUAAUCGCUGUCAUGCACUCACUCGGUAUGAAGCAAAGCAGCAGGUUGAAGUUUGUACCAAGGAACUCAUGAACUCAUCAU